AUUAAUAUCACCGCUGGUGAUGUGUAUCGCUGAUUGAAAAAUUUAAAAGCACGUGUGUUAAUUAUUCAAGAUGGCAGCCUUCCGAAGUGGUUUAGUUAAGGUUAGUUGAGAUUUUCUAACGAUUUUCUGCCGUUUCUUUUUGUGUUUGUUCUCGAUCUUUUAAAUAUGUUAAAUUGACAUAUGUGUUUAUUCUUGUAGCAAGUUUGGCGUGGUUUGGUACGCUGUGAGAAUAGAAAUCGACCUCCGGAGAAAUGUAAGUUGAGAUGUGUAAAAUUUUAAAUAAAUUAUAAAAAUUUGUACUUUGUGAAUUGGACUUAACUAUAUCAUGUGAUUCAUUUGUUCAUGAUGUAUAUUUAAGUACUGUAUAAGUUCACUUGUAUUUUUAACGUAAAUUGUACAUUUGUGUUCGAUAAACACCGCUCUGAGCCUCUAAUAUCAUAUAAAUAAUAUCAGCAUUGGGCAAUGCACGAAUAAAACAUGGAUUAUUUAUUUUGAUUCUUUAUUUCUGAUUGUGCAUGUAUUUAGCUGUCAAAAUGUAGUUGACUUUGUGAAAUAUUCUGGAAUUUUGUUGUGUGUGGUAUACUAUAUGGAAUCUGUCUAUAUAUAUACUGAUUGAAUGUACAUUUAUGUUGUCGUGAAUUAAGCAGUCCAGUUAAUGUAAAUAGUCCAGUUGACAUUACAUAAUUAGACAUGUAGAUUGCAUCAGUUACGAACACGAUCAGAUAUUGAGAUGUCGUACGAACACAUGUAGUUUUCCUCAGCCUUUUUAGCUUUAAAUAUAUAACCAUAAAAUGAAGACAGUUACUCUUACUUACUCGGUCGAACCUCGCUAUUCUCUACAUAUGUUGACACUCGUUGUACCAGUGUAGGUAAUGACAAGAACACCAGAAAGCUGUAGAUUGAGAAGGAUUCAACUAGAUUCAACUAGAUGCGAAUGAAGGCCUUUUGACUGGGAUGUCAGUGGAUCGCUUGAAACGAUCAAGGUUUUACUUGUAUUUUUCACGUAGUUGAACGUCUCGCAAUCGGAGGGGUCCGACACGGCCACAUGAAGCGUACAAGAUUUUGAAAUCACAUGAUUUCUAACCUGAUUCCUUGAUUUCUAACCUGAUUUCUGUUGAUUUCUAAACUGAUUUCUGUUGAUUUAUAAUGCGAUUUCUAACCAGAUUUCCUGAUUUCUAACCCGAUUUCCUGAUUUCUGUGGGUUACCGCUGUCAUAUAGACUGUGGGCCCAAUAAUAACAAAGUUUUGAGUGGUUUGUGAUUUCAAAAUUCACUGAUUUCUCUGGUGAUUUCUUGAUUUUGGGUUUGAUUCCUGUUGAUUUCUGAGUCGAGUCACUCGAGUGUACGAGAUUUCAGCCAUGUCGGACCUCUCUUCUCAAUCCACAGAUUUUUGGUGUUAUAUUGACACAACAUUACAUUGGUCACCUUGAUAUGGGCACAGUGUAAUUGACUGAGUCACAUAAUUAUAUGUUUUAAUAGGUAUUAAUUCAGUGCAGUUGUUAGGGAGAGUUGGACAAUAUCCAAAGAAGGGAAAAGGGGAUGUCUGGAGAUUUUCAAUUGCUACAAAUGCAACAUAUCAAUCAAAGGAUGAGUUUGGAGGUAGUUGAAAACAAAUAAAAAUCGUAGCCCAACAAAACAGUCGUGUGAUAGCCAUGUUCUGCCCAUGUGCUAGCUAUAUGCUCCACACGUAAAAAUGCACUGUAGGUUGUUACAAGUCUGCAAACAAGUUGUUACAAUUCUGUUCACAAGCUGUCGACAAGUUGUGUUCGCACUGCUUGUUCCCAGUUGUUGUAACAAGUUUGGAACAAGCUGUUAACAAUUUGGAACAAGUUUGAUGGCAUUAUCAGACUUGUCACAAGGUUGUUCUAACAAGUCAUGAUAUAACAAGAAUGUUACAAGGUUGACGACGCAAGAUUGUAACAAUAUUGUAAAAUCAUGACUGUAUCGGACUUGUUGGAACAACCUUGCAACAAGUUUGAUAAUAUCAACAACAUUGUUACAAGUUGUUACAGUUGUUGUCCCAAACUUGUUGACAACUUUGGACAAGCAGUGCGAACACAUCUUGUUGACAGGUUGUUGGCAGACUUGCUACAAGAUGUGAGAUUUUUAUGCGAGAUUAGCAAAAAAAGCUAAAGUUCACUUUAUUUUUUAUCAGAAAGCAAGCUUAUGCACAAGACCCAAUGGCAUAAUAUUGCAGUAUUCAGACCUUACUUGCAACAAAGAGUUCAAGAAAUGGUUUCCAAAGGGUAAAUGAUACAAUGACAUUAAUAUUGAUUUGAUUACUCAAUCUUUGGAGGUGCAUGUAAUCUGAACUACAGAUGAAUAAUCUGAUUUAUCUGACCACAAUGUUUAGGUCUCGUGUUCUUGUCCAUGGUCGAUUAGAUUAUGUUACAUAUGAAGAUGAUGAGGGUGUCAGAAAAUCCUAUUCAUCUAUUGUUAUGGGUAGGAUUAUAUUUAGAUCUUGUUUUCAUACUAAGAAAUUAACUCGCUAAGUGGCAAAGUACACUCAGUGUCUAACGCCAGACUAUUUUACUCGUCAAUGGGUUAAUGAUGUUUGGACAAUGUUGGAUGGAAUUUUAAACAAAGUCAAACUUGACCAUGAUGGUUGAUUUGAUCUGUUCAUUUAUAAGUUUCAACAUUAUUUUUUAUUUAUUUAGAUGAUCUUAUUAUCCUAUCAUAUCCUGAAAACCGGAAUAUGGACGAGAACUUUGAAGAAGAACAAUUCGAGGGAAUGACAUAGAAAAGUUUAUGUCCUCAGAGUUGAUAUUUCUACAGCGGAGACUGCCUGCCUAUUGAAAAGAUGGCCUCAUUUGCACUAGGAAGGGAUCAUUGAUCAAGGUCAAUCUGGAGAGAUGCCUCACUCAGUAAACAUGAAAUGAUCUCUCUAGGCUAGAACCAAUGACAGUACUAGCUAGCACUGUGGCAUUGGUUCUGGGAACAAAUCAUAUCUGAUAUUUUCCUGAUAGCCAUACCAUAUUUUUUCGUUUAAGCGUCGCAGCGAUCUUAAAAUUGUCGGAGCUUCAGAUGCAGCGCUCAUUCGGGGGCGGCACUCGAUCGAGUAAAUAUGGUAUGCACUAGAUGACCCCUCUCUAGUACAAAUCACGCCAAGUAUGUCAUAACUAGAAGUAUCCAGAUGAUUAUUCCUUGUGAACUAUGAAAAAUAUAUUUUUACAAAUGGUACCAUAGUUUAUUGUCUAUUAUGACUAUAGCCUAUAUAUUUCAGUUUCUCCCUGGGGCCAGGGUGCGAUAAUUCGCGUACUUACGUGCCGGAGGUACACCAAUAUUACUGUCUGGUACUUCUUUGUUUUCAGCCACGUACCACGUAGGUACGCGGAACUCUUGCUAUCUGCGUACUUAUUUUUUGCUGGUACCACAUGACCUUUCCAAGUCCAAGGUAUUCAAUACCGUAAUUUAGUUGCUAUAUCGUGUGUCUGAGAUGUCUUGGCAUGAAACAUGAUUGCACUGAUGGCACUAAGAAACGUUGGAGUCGGUUGUUUGAAAUAGCAAAACUCCGUUUUUAAAUAGCAAAACUCCCUUUUCAAAUAGCAAAACUCCCUUUUCAAAUAGCAAAACUCCCUUUUCAAAUGGCAAAACACCCUUUUCGAAUAGCAAAACUCCCUUUUCAAAUAGCAAAACUCCUUUUCAAAUGGCAAAACUCCCUUUUCAAAUGGCAAAACUCCCUUUUCAAAUAGCAAAACUCCCUUUUCAAAUGGCAAAACUCCCUUUUCAAAUGGCAAAACUCCCUUUUCAAAUAGCAAAACACCUUUUUCAAAUAGCAAAACUCCCUUUUCAAAUAGCAAAACUCCGUUUGCUAUCUCGUGUCUGAACAUACUUUUCAGAAACCUGUACUUUAUGAACCUUAUUUUUAAAGACUAAGUACACAUUGAGCAUUGAGUUUGUUCUAGCGCAAGUACGCGGCAACAACCAUUGGCGUACCAGUCAGGUACGACUAUAGAAAUCUUGAAUGAUCGCACCCUGCUGCCUAAUCUUGCUAAUACAAAUCUUGCCUUGUAUUCACACCCACAUGGCUCUAAUGACUAUAAUCCUGUUGGACUUACCUAUUGGCCUAAUAAUUAUGCCUAUAGGUAAGUCCUAUAGUCCAUGACUAUAGUGGUACUUCAAGGUACUAAUAGUGUAUAUUUGCAGACUAGAAAUCGCAGCAAAAAUUUCAAGGGUUGGUUGGCCUUUAUAAACAGACAGGCAGGCUGUACAUGCAAGAAUAUGACUUUUAUAUAUAGAUAGACAUAUUAUGCAAGUCUAUAGUGCGGUACUGUCAGAACCUCUAGUUGACAAUUUUAUAAAGUGGUUGUGAUCUGCCACUAUAGUCCGGAUACUUUGGUCUUUCCCGAGCAACUUGGCGAGCAAAUUCUUCCCUGGCAACAUCAAUCUUCCUUCCAACUUCCCUAACGUGUUCCUGGCGAUGCCAGUGCUCGUCUCGUCUUUCUGCAGUCUCGUUUGAAACAACUCCAAACCCCUCUUGUCUCAGAUAACGGAGCUGACCACUCUGUGAUGGCAAAGUAGUCGGCCUUUUCUCGCUCUUCCAGUGGAUUUGUGUGAAUCUGUCGCAAAAACGAUCUUGUUCUUUCUUAUUCGGGUAGCUCUGAGGGUAGUUCAGAGCGUACAAUGUUUGCACGUACGGGCUGGGUUCCUCAUAGCGUUUGUAGUCUUUGAUUUUGCAGUUAUGCUCCAUUUGAUUCAUGAUGCCAGUGAGGAAUCUCUUCAACUCUCUUCUUUAACUUUGUUUAUAUCUCUUUGUAAUAGAAAUUAGUUUUGAUAAAAUCUAAUCAAACUCCUCAAGAUAUCAACUACCUUUCCAGAAUCUAAAUUUUGAUGAUAUCGUUAACAAUACGUUUCCAGAAAAAUUUUCUCUUGGCGAAACCAGCAACCUCAAAUACUAUAGUAAUUCGCAGUUUGUCGAAGCCUUUCGUAGUCAAAGGUUAUAUGGCUGAAUAUUGUAAUAAUUUUGUAAACACGCUUUCGUUGCUAUGGUAUUAGACAUCGUUUACGCUCACACUCGCAAAGUCUUUCAUUUGGUACCUGUUAAUGUAUACGCAAUCGUUGGCUUGGUUACAUACAUGAAAAGCGUUUCAUAUUUCAUAAUGUAUGUACGUAUCUUUCACCGACGUCGUUUGCAGUAACUUGUCUUCAUCGUGUAAUAGAAAUAAUAAGAGUAUACUGCAUGUCAC